AUGGAUUCAUCGGAUAUUUAUGGCGGUCCUCCUUUACAAAUGCCGCUAACACCUUUCGAGUUUGUUAAACAGCCGCGUGUUGUAUUGAAAAUAGUAGUCAUGAUCAUCUCAGUUAUCGGGCUAGGCUGUUCAACCAACGGUUGCAUGGUUAAUAACCAUUCAAUAUUUAACAAGGAUCCCAAUGCGUGUCAUUUUGGAGUGGCUGUUACUGUCCUUGCCUUUCUCAUUUCCCUCAUAUCGGUUGUUACGGACUACAUGUGUGACAAGACCGCCAACAUUAAGCGACGACGCUGUAUUCUUCUAAGCGACAUCGCCGAUGCCGGGCUUCUUGCCUUUCUCAAUUUUGUCGCCUUCUGCUACUUGGCCAACCGCUGGUCGCACACCAACAGCACGUGGUUGGACGAGAUGAAUUUUGAGCACUGGCAACGGCGAAACGCGCGCUCCCUCAUCUUUUUCUCCUUUCUGGCACUGUUUGCUUGGGUAAGCCGCAUUUUCUGGUUGAGAGGCGUGCUGCAGGCUGCCGUGCGCGUGCCCAUCUUGUGCACACGUUGCCCAGUAAUCAAAAGCGACCAAAUUUUUCUCUUUUAUGCUAACUUCAACAGGAAUCGAUUUGCCCGUUUUACCUUGAUUUUCGUAACUUGCUACCACUAG